AUGAGUGACGCCUACGAACGCGAGCAGCAGAACAAUGCGCUCUUGAACUCCCUUUCCUCCAAAGUCUCCGCUCUUCGAUCUGUAACAAUUGACAUCCACGAUAAUGCGCGGGACCAAGACACACUCGAUCACACCAAUGAUGUGUUCUCCUCCUUCUCGACCAACUUGAAAGGCAGUGCCAGCCGUUUGACACGAAUGGCAAAACAAGGUGAUACUGUGGCAGUGCUCAAGGUCGCAGGGGGCCAGGCACCUCCAAUACCCAAUCCUUCAAUUUCCGUUCUCAUUAUGAACGCCCUUGCUGGUCCAAGAGUGCGUUCUGACUUGGACAAUAUCAUUACUUGA